UGAAAGAAGAGAAUAGAAUCAAGAAGCAGCCCAUGGAUUCAUGAAAACCCCCAUUUCUGUUCUGUGUGUAGUUCCAAGAAAAAGCGUUUGCCCCACGAGCCUAUAAAUACAAUCACCCAUCCACACCCAUCUUCCAUUGCAUUUCGAUAUGCAGACCCUGCAACAGAAGGCGUCAGAGUGGAGUGGCGUUGACCAGCAAGAUGCCUUCGCCAUUGACGAGAUCAAUCUUUUCGACAAGCUAGGGCUUCAGACUUUCAUCGAUCUCUCCACCGAUUUCUAUACAAGGGUUUAUGAUGAUGAAGAAGAGUGGUUUAGGUCCAUUUUUGCCAACUCGAAGAAGGAAGAUGCAAUUCAGAAUCAAUACGAGUUUUUCGUGCAAAGAAUGGGAGGGCCUCCUCUCUACUCUCAAAGGAAAGGCCAUCCUGCUCUGAUUGGCCGCCACCGCCCGUUUCCGGUGACUCAUGAAGCGGCCGAGAGGUGGCUACUCCACAUGCAACAAGCACUAGAUAACACCACAGACAUUGAUCAAGACUCAAAGACAAGAAUGCUAAAUUUCUUCAGGCAUACUGCAUACUUUUUGGUGGCUGGAAAUGAUUUGAAGAACCAAAGCCAAGGAGCUCCACCUUGUAAGCAUGGAGCCAACAAACCAGCAGCAGUCUGAAUCUAAUUUUUUCUUUAAAACAAUUUGAUAGAAAAGGAUUUGUUACUGGAAACAACUGUUUUACUCUUUGGGAUAGAUAUCAAGUCUGCAUUCAUCCCACCUUAGUGAGUGAGGGGAUAUACUGGGAUGGUUUUAGAUUCGUUACUUGGAAAAGCGACAUGGAUGUCAUGUAACUUGAGUAAAGUAGAUUUUAAUUUAUAAAUGUUCUUGCAUUUUACU